AUGUCCCCCCUGCAGUGUCCCCGGCCAUCACCUCCGGCUGAUGCCGACAUCCGUCUUCCGGGUUCUAUUCCCUGCGUGCGUCGGGACGUGCGGGACGUACAGGGGAUGAAACCGGCGGGAAAUUCACUCAAUACACUAAAUUCUGAUAGUAUAACAUUCCUGUAUCAAACCAUUUCACAUACAUUUUCUCCCUAGUGCUUUGUCCUGUGCCCUGCCUGCAUUUUUACUGUUCUUUCUGCCUGGAAACUGAGAAACGUCCAUGGCAUCCAAAAAGCGUCCCUUUAGGUCAAAAGCAAUUUUAGACCAGCUAGAGAACAGCGAUAGUAUAUCAGAACCACUUGCAGAAUUGA